AUGUCUCUCAAAGAUCCUCAUCUCUGUGAUGCUCUUAAAGUACAAGUCCAGAUUACAGGAGCCUUUCAGGUACAAGACACAUUUGCUGCCACACUUCACUACCAACUUGCUUAUAGACUUCAUAAUCAUGCUUUUGACAUGGCAGUUCCAGAAAUAGCUCAAUCUAAUGAUGCUUUAUUGAUUCAAGUUGAUCCUGGAAUGACACCUAUGUGUACUUUUGUUCCAAGACAACUUAACAAGGACCAGAUGAGUUCUCUCUUUCCAGAAUCAUGGAUUACGAAAUAUGAGAUGCUUCGUCAGGCGACUAAACCGAUCAAGUCAAAGGAUCCUCUCUUUAUCAGAAAAGCAAAUGGUGAAGUAGAGACAAGAUUCUUGACAGCUCCACUAGAGAAGAAGGAUGUAACGGUCUUCCCAACUCAAAUUGCUAUGCUCCAACCAGUGUCUUAUGUUUGUGAAGAUGGUCUUAAAAUUAAAGCAUUUCGAGAAGAUGGAAACCCUUGUUAUGAAGAAAAAACGCCUUCUAGUCAUAUAUGGUGGGAUAUUUGUGAUUGUGCUGAUUGUCAAGAGGAAGAAGUUUUUGAAGAAGAUUAUUCUAGAAGAAAGAAAAAAAAUCUUCUCAGCAGAUUCUCAAAGAAAGAUAUGAAGCCGGAGACCCAAAAGUUGACCUCCUUGGAGAAUUCUCUGGAAAGUUUGAUUAUUAUGUUCUCUAUCCUAGAACCAAUAAGCAAACCCUUCCUUCUCCAUCUCCAUGCAAAGAAAACCAUGAUCAAAACCAGAAACCUCCAUUAA